UUGCAUUUUAACUUUCUUGCCUUAAUUCUAGUGACUAUGGAAAAUGGUGUUCACUCACCAGCCAUACAAGCCAUUGACCGAAAAUCUGUCCAUCAAAUUUGUUCGGGUCAAGUUGUUUUGGAUUUAGCAACAGCUGUGAAAGAAUUAGUUGAGAAUGGACUGGAUGCUGGUGCAGAUAACAUUGAGAUCAAACUAAAAGAAUUUGGAAAAGAGGUCAUAGAAGUUUCUGAUAAUGGAUGCGGGAUUGAGGAAAAGGAUUUUGAAGCACUAGCAUUAAAGCAUUACACAUCUAAGCUGAAAGAAUUUAAUGAUCUAAUAUUUGUUGACACUUUUGGUUUUCGUGGUGAAGCACUCAGCUCAUUAUCAGCUUUAAGCAAUAUCUGUAUUACAACUAAACACCAGGAUGCUACUGUUGGGACAAAACUUGAGUUUGAUCAUGAUGGCAAAUUAUCAAAACAGACUGCUGUAGCUCGAGCUGUUGGAACAACUGUAGCAGUGACAAAUAUAUUUUGUACAUUACCUGUGAGAUACAAGGAAUUUCAAAGAAACUACAAAAAAGAAUUUGUAAAAAUGAUGCAUGUGUUGUAUUCGUAUAGUCUCAUUAAAUGUAAUGUUAGAUUUAUUUGCUAUAACACUGUGGCAAAGAAGCGACAAACACUGCUUACAACUAACGGCAAGAAUAACAUAAUAGAUAUCAUAUCAAGCAUAUUUGGCCCAAUGCAAGCACAAAACAUUAUUCCUAUUCUACAAAAUGAAGCACAUGCGUCUGAAUUAGAAGAAUUUGAUAUUCCAUCUGCAGCAUUUGAUGAUUUUAAAAAUCAGUUUGUCAUUAGCGGGUUCAUUUCGGAAGUUAGGCAUGGUUGUGGUCGCAGUUCACCAGACAGACAAUUUCUUUUCAUUAAUAAACGGCCCUGUGAUUUUUCAAAACUCUCAAGAAUUAUAAAUGAAGUAUAUCAUAUGUUCAAUCAUCAUCAGUAUCCAUUUGUGAUGUUAGAUGUGUCUUUGAAAAAAGAAUUUGUUGAUGUCAAUGUUACACCAAACAAAAGGAUGAUAUUAAUUCAUCAAGAAAAAGUAUUGUUUGCACUUUUAAAAAGCACUCUAAAAAGCAUGUUUGAGAAUUCGGCUACUUUCUAUAAUAUGCAAUCCCCAUCAGUGCAAGAUACAAUUUUCAAAUCUGGUAAAUCCCCAGUGCCUGAAUAUGAGAACUCCCCCAUGGUCAGAGAAGAAACCCCAAGUGCUCUACUACGUAAUGACACAGCCAGUCCUUUAGAGAGAUUCCGUUGCAGAUUUGAUAAAAGCAGUAAAUCAGAUUUAAAAGCAACACCUGAGCAACAAACCAUGACAAAGUUUUUCACAUUCACUGAAAAGAAAAGAAAACUUGAUGUAUCAAACUAUGAUGGAACACCACUGAAAAAGACCUUUAUCAGUCCUCCUUCACCUGAUUCUGAUUCAAGUAAUUUGAAAAAUACUUUUAUACCCACUAAUUUUAAAUCCUUAAACAACUUAAAUAUUGUUGGUAAGGAGGAAAUGGUGAGUGAAACACGCACUGGUGAUGUAUUAACAACAGCAUUGUCUGGUACUGAAAUUGGAGUGGCAUGCCAAACCAGUUCUAAAAGGGAAGAUGAUAAUAAUAAUAAAGAAUUGGUUACAGUUUAUGAUCACAAUUCUUCUAAUAUGCUUCAAAAUAGAGAAGUUGUUACUGUGAAUUUUGACUUGAACAAAUUGAGGAAAAAAAUGUGUAAAUACAUACAAAGAAAGCAAUGCAGUAGUGACAGAGUUCAAGAAAUUAGUUGUUUCCGUGCUAAAAUUUCACCUAAUGAAAACAGAGCAGCUGAAAAUGAACUCAGUAAGCAAGUUUCAAAAGAUAUGUUUUGCAAAAUGGAAAUCAUUGGCCAGUUUAAUUUGGGAUUUAUUAUUACGAAGUUAAAAGAAGAUUUGUUUAUUGUGGACCAACAUGCGACAGAUGAGAAGUACAAUUUUGAAAUGUUGCAACAAAAACACUGUUUAAAAGGACAAAUGCUGAUUCAACCUCUAGAAAUGGAAUUAACCUUUGUAAAUAAAGGUGUCCUUAUGGAGAAUAUUGAGAUAUUUCGAAAAAAUGGUUUUGAUUUCAACAUUGCUGAAAAUGAUCAAAAUGAUCAAUUAGUAAAAUUAACAAAGGUACCUGCUAGCCGAAACUGGAUAUUUGGUCCAUCCGACAUUGAAGAGUUAAUUUUCAUGUUAACAGAGUCUCCGGGUGUAAUGUGUCGACCUUCAAACAUAAGAAAGAUGUUUGCUAGUAGAGCAUGCCGCACAUCAGUGAUGGUAGGAACAGCGUUGAAUGUUAGCAGCAUGAAAAACCUCAUAAAUCAUAUGAGUGAGAUUGAACACCCUUGGAACUGUCCACAUGGUAGACCUACAAUGAGACAUCUUGUUAACCUUCAAAGAAUAAGCACAUAGAUUUGUUUUAACAACUCCCUUUCUUUAUGUAUAUUUUUUUAUUUUAAUAGUCUUGUGAGAGGUGUUAGUCCAUUUGAAA